GCCCCUUCUUCUCCAGCGCACAGCCCUGGCGGGCGGCCUUCGGGGUGACCCUUCCGGCUCUGCUGGGGAUCCUGGUCGGGGCGGUGAUCUCAUGGUGUCGACAGCAGAAGAGAAUACGGGCCUUGAGCCAGGAGGAUCAGCAGGAGCAAAUCGCCCUAGAGAAGCUGCAGGAGGAGCUCAGGAAGAUGAAGCAGCAGUACCUGGCACGUGACAGGUCUCGGGCCUAUGCUGAGUGGAAGAUGGCCCUUUACCAACCUGCGGACGUGAUUCUGGAUCCCGACACUGCGCACCCCAACCUCCUUAUUUCUGAGGACCGGAGGAGACUGAACUGGGCUGGAACAAUGAAGAGCCUGCCAGACAACCCCAAGAGAUUUCAAUAUCGUUCCUGUGUGCUGGGCCGUGAGAGCUUCAUGUCAGGCAGACACUUCUGGGAGGUGGACGUGGGAGACAGGAAACAGUGGAAUUUAGGGGUGUGUAUGGAUAAUGUGGAGAGAAUAUGUCCUGUUAAAAUAACACCCCAGAAUGGAUUCUGGACAAUAGCACUGUUGGAUGGGCAUGACUUCCAGGCUCAAACCGAUCCCUGGAGCAAACUCACAAUUGUCAACCCUCCUAAAAGAGUGGGGGUUUUCCUGGACUAUGAGAGGGGGGAGGUCUCAUUCUAUGAUGCCACUGAUGGAACGCACACCUACACCUUCUCACAGACUCCCUUCUCUGGGCCUCUCUUGCCUCUUUUCCGGAUUUUCUCAGAGGAGCCCACUGCCUUGACCAUUUGCCCAGCACCAAAAGGAGUGGGGAGUUUCCUUCUGCCUGACCCACUGCCUGACCCUUCCCUGGAGACCCCAGUGGCCGCAGGCUCAGCUGAUGGCAAUGAGGACCCUCAGGCUGAAGAAAGGUCUUUGCUUCCCCCUGCCCAGCCCUGAGCUGAGGGCUUCCUAAACAGCCAAACCUCACAGCAGGAACAUAUUUACAUCAGGAACAUACUUACUAAA